UCAAAGAUCGGAAAUCCGCAUUCUGAAACGAAAAAUGAACAGUUUAGUGCUCUGUGUAACAUUAUUGCUAAUUUCUUACGACGGUCUUCAAUCUCGUCAGAAUUUUCUAACUAGUUCUAGCAGCAUUUUAAAUAAAAGUGAAUCUCCUAUUUGGAAAAAGUGUGAUAGAAGAAGAACCGAUUUUAACCAGUGUUUAAGCAAAACUAUUCAUAAGACCCUUAGACUCUUAGACAAGCCUUUGAAACUCUACGGUUUGCCAAGCUUGUACGAUGUCACAUUUCCACCAGACGCUGUCAUCGAAUUUGGAAACACAACAGAUGGACUGAGACAAAAAUAUCACAAUUAUAGAAUUAUUGGUCUUACUAAACCGCGAAGUAUACGAGCCAGACUAGACUCUGGUGUCGCCACUAACACUUUAACAAUUGAGACCACUUAUUCCAAACUUGUAUGGAAAUGUGAAUGCGAAGCUAACGGAACUCUCGUUCUUUUACCUCUGAAUGUCCGAACACCGCUUGAAUUCACUUUCGACAACCCAACUUUUAUUUUCGCUUUUGAGUUAGAAGAAUACGAGAAAGCAGCUGCUACUUAUUUUAGAGUAAUCGAGUCAGCAUUCGAUGCUCGAGCCCGUGAUAUAAGAUUUGAUUUUAAGCACUUAUUUUCAAACACAUGGCUAAAUGACGAAUUUAAUUCAGAACUGAGUGCUAAAGGGUCUCAAAUGUAUGCUCUUGUUAAACAUUAUGAAGCUAUUUUUGCGCCAUACUUUGGCUCUGUGUUCAACAGUUUCCUGGAAAAAGUUCCAGUAGUUGAACUCUUCGACGGAUAAUGAAACAUGCCUUCGCUAAAGAAUAUGGAGAAGGUCUAUGAAAGCAGUGACCGGUGUAAUAGAUACACAAAUAAAUAGGUGCUGAAUUUAAAAUUAAAUUAGAAAUUAGAAAUUGUUUAA